AUGAAUAGAUCAAUUUUAAAAUUUGUUAAAAAUGGUAUUAUAUCAUCAUCAUCAAGAAUAAAUAAUAAUGGUUUUAUAAAUAAGAAUAAUAACAAUAGAUGGUUUGCAACUUUACCACAACCAAAUAGAGGUAUUGCUGGUGAAAAACAACCAAUUUAUUUGGAUAUGCAAUCAACAACUCCAAUCGACCCAAGAGUUUUGGAUGCAAUGUUACCAUUAUAUACUGAAAAUUAUGGUAAUCCACAUUCAAAAACACAUGCAUAUGGUUGGACUUCAAAUGAUUUAGUUGAAGAUGCAAGAGAAAAAGUUUCAAAAAUUAUUGGUGCAGAUUCAAAAGAAAUUAUAUUUACAAGUGGAGCAACAGAAUCAGGUAAUAUUGCAAUUAAAGGUGUAGCAAGAUUUUAUAAAGAAAAGAAAAACCAUAUUAUUACAACAGUUACAGAACACAAGUGUAUAUUAGAUUCAUGUAGACAUUUAGAGAUGGAGGGAUUUAAAGUGACUUAUUUACCAGUGGGUGAAAAUGGCUUAGUAGAUUUAGAGUUAUUGAAGAACACAAUUACACCACAAACAUCAUUGGUAACAAUUAUGGCAGUUAAUAAUGAGAUUGGUGUAGUUCAACCUAUUAAAGAGAUUGGUAAAAUUUGUAGAGAGAAUGGUGUUUUCUUCCACACCGAUGCUGCACAAGCAGUUGGUAAGAUACCAAUAGAUGUCAAUGAUAUGAAUAUUGACCUCCUCUCGAUUAGCGGUCACAAAAUAUACGGUCCAAAGGGUGUGGGUGCAUUAUUCGUCAGACGUAGACCAAGAGUACGUAUCGAGCCAAUCACAACUGGUGGUGGUCAAGAACGUGGUAUUCGUAGUGGCACUGUCCCAUCGACAUUGGCAGUUGGUUUGGGUGCCGCAUGUGAUAUAGCAUUGAAGGAGAUGAAUCAUGAUGCCGCUUGGGUUAAAUAUUUAUAUGACCGUCUCUUAAAGGGUAUCACUGAUAAUAUUCCAAAUGUUAAAGUAAAUGGCGAUUUAAAUGCACGUUACUAUGGUAAUUUAAAUAUCUCUUUCUCUUAUGUCGAGGGUGAAUCCCUUUUAAUGGCAAUCAAAGAUGUCGCAUGUUCAAGUGGUAGUGCCUGUACCUCCUCCUCCUUAGAGCCUUCCUACGUACUUCGUUCUUUAGGUGUUGAAGAAGAUAUGGCUCACUCUUCAAUUCGUUUCGGUAUUGGUCGUUUCACAACAGAACAAGAAAUUGAUUACACAAUUGAAAUCUUAAAAAAGAAUGUUCAACGUCUUAGAGAUAUGUCACCACUUUGGGAAAUGGUUCAAGAAGGUAUUGAUAUUAAAACAAUUGAAUGGAGUCAAAUUUAA